AUGAUGCACACUGAUUUCGCGCUGGUGCCUUUUCUCCUCAGCAUCACCUCCUCAGCCGCUGCACGAUUCACUUCAGUAGCCGAAAAUGAAGAUACCCUCCUCAGACAUUUGUUCCACGGCUAUCAGAAAUGGGUUCGCCCUGUGUUAAACGCCAAUGACACCGUAAAAGUGUAUUUUGGAUUGAAAAUAUCUCAGCUCGUGGACGUGGAUGAAAAGAAUCAACUGAUGACAACCAACGUGUGGCUCAAACAGGAAUGGACAGACCACAAAUUACGCUGGAAUCCUGAUGAAUAUGGGGGAAUUCGUUCCAUUAAAGUCCCAUCAGAAUCUCUCUGGCUUCCUGACAUCGUUCUCUUUGAAAAUGCCGAUGGACGCUUUGAAGUCUCCCUGAUGACCAAGGUUAUAGUGAAGUCCAAUGGGACAGUCACCUGGACUCCCCCCGCCAGCUACAAGAGUUCAUGCACCAUGGAUGUCACAUUUUUCCCGUUCGACAGGCAGAACUGCUCGAUGAAGUUUGGAUCCUGGACCUACGAUGGUACCAUGGUUGACCUCAUCUUGAUAAACGAAAAUGUUGACAGAAAAGACUUCUUUGAUAACGGAGAAUGGGAAAUACUAAAUGCGAAAGGGAUGAAGGGUAACAGAAGAGAAGGUUUCUAUUCAUACCCGUUUAUUACCUAUUCUUUUGUCUUGAGACGCCUGCCUUUGUUUUAUACUUUAUUCCUGAUAAUCCCCUGCCUGGGGCUGUCUUUUCUCACAGUUCUGGUGUUCUAUUUACCUUCUGAUGAAGGAGAAAAACUUUCAUUGUCAACAUCUGUUUUGGUUUCUCUGACAGUUUUUCUUUUAGUGAUUGAAGAAAUAAUCCCAUCUUCUUCCAAAGUCAUUCCUCUCAUCGGAGAGUACCUGCUGCUCAUUAUGAUUUUUGUUACCCUGUCAAUUAUCAUUACGGUUUUCGUAAUUAAUGUCCACCACAGAUCCUCCUCAACCUGCCACCCCAUGGUGCCCUGGGUGAAGAGGCUAUUUCUGCAAAAACUUCCUCAGUUACUUUGUAUGAAAAACCAUGCGGAUCGUUAUUCUUUCCCAGACAAAGACGAGGGUGAGCCAAUAGGGAAAGGUAAAGUUCUGGAUAAAAAGAAACAGAAAGAAACUAGCAAUGGAGAAAAGGUUCUGGUUGCUUUAUUGGAAAAGGCUGCUGAGUCCAUUCGGUACAUCUCGAGAUAUGUGAAGAAAGAGCAGUUCGUCAGCCAGGUAGUGCAAGACUGGAAAUUUGUGGCUCAAGUUCUUGACCGGAUCUUCCUGUGGCUCUUUCUGGUGGCCUCAGUCACGGGCUCUGUUCUGAUCUUCACCCCUGCCUUGAAGACGUGGAUGCAUAGUUACCAUUAGCACUGAGUCUCCAGUGUGGCUCAGAGCCUGUCCACAUGGGCAUGGUCAUCCUUUAGAACUAACUAGCGUGUGCAUGAAUCCAAAUGCCCACACUCAUCCCCACAGCCCCCUAAGCCACCUUCUUGAAAUUAAACAUUGCUUGGUGGGAGCAGCCUGGGUAGAUCUGGGCUUGCCCAAGUGUAUUGGUGGUUUCCAUUAGAGGGAGUUGGGUUUCAUGGUUUCAAAAAGGUCUCCAGAUCAUGCUACUUAUGCCAGCAGAGCCCUGGUGCCGCAUCUCUGCCUGGGUGGUUUGGUCUGAGGAGCUGAUGGGCUUGUGUAGUGCAUCACCAGCUACAGGAAUGAGUGGACCUCAGUGCUGGUGUGGGGAAUUAUCCUGGCACAGCACCUGGCACAGUGCACUCGUUUUGACACAGAUUAUAAGAUGCUACUAGUCAGCUAGUGUCCCCCUACCACAGAAUUCAUUAAAAACAGCCUUUCUUGAACAUGGUCAGCCUUCUAAGGCAGGCAGCAGCCAUGGCUUGUUCACAGCCUUGGAAGGGUUUUCUGAUAGUGAAAGCAAUCUGCCAUGAGUGGUGACUUGCUUUAGGAUCCUUUCAAAAAUAACUCAUGGUAGAAACAAAGUCAUCUGCUACCAGAAGUGCAUUCCUUAAUAUCUGUUCAUCUUCUACUAGAAAAUCAAAGUACCGAAUGCUCUCUCACAGUGCUUCUUGAUGUCAGCACAUCUGGAGGGAUCCAUGCCAGGGAUCCUCUUGCUUUCACCUUUGGUCUCUCUGUCUCCUUUUCUCCCCGUCUCUCCGUGAGAGGUGCACCUCACCCCACCCUGCCCAGCCCGUAAGUCUCACAAGGAAACAUCUACUUAGAUUGAUUUUGCUUUUGCUGCCACUAAAUCCUUCCUGGAUUUUCACUUAAAGCAAUUUUCUCUUUGCUCAGUUAGAAAUCCAAAUCCCUUUUUGGAGUAUUUUGUUUUAGG